AUGAAUAAACUAAAUAAAACUCUGGAGUUUGACUCUUAUGAGAUCGAGGAGCCGAGCGACGAGGAAAGAGCGGAGAGCAGGUCAGAAAAAAAACACGAAUUAUUAACUUUAAGGCAAUAAACCUGGAGAUCGAAAAAUACGGAAUUACUCCGGAUUUUUCUCUUUUUAAGGGGUUUAUUGUUCGUAAAUGGGUCAUAUCAUGAAGGCAGAUCUGUUUGUGUUGAAUUUACGGUGUUUUUUUAAUGAGAUCACCGAGGUAGAGCUAAAACAGUGUCUGAAAACGUUCGUAUUUUGUCAUAUUAAGUCAUUUUAGUUAAUAAAAUAAAGGCACUUCUGUCAGUCUAACUGGAUUUUAUGAGUUCAAGUGAAUCAUGUGUUUCAGAUGCUGAAUUUAUAUUAAAAAAGGAUGGUUAAAUAUUUUAGGAUUUGAACUUUUUACUGGACUCAAUACUUAAAAACUGACCCAAAACCUGGACUGGUCUUCUUUUUCUGUGUCUCAGCUCGGAGGACGAACUGGACGUCCUGCUGAACGGAACCCCGGAGCAGAAGAAGAAACUGAUCCGAGAGUAUCUGACGGGGGAGAGCGAGUCCUCCAGCGGGGAUGAGUUCGAGAAGGAGAUGGAGGCGGAGCUCAGCUCCACAAUCAAGACCAUGGAGGGGACCUGGGGACCAUCAUCGACAGGUAACACACACCUGAGUCUAAUGAGGCGUAAAAUUUAAUUUAGGGUCAAACACACCGUAACACCGAGUUAGACCCCCCCUCCAGAGAUGAGUGUUGCCGACCGCUUGCUUCUCUAGUUAUACCAACUUUAGUAACAACCACAGGAUAGAAAUACAGAGAGCCACGCACUCAACCAAAACGCCACUCUAUAGCCACAGAUAAUGCUCAGAACAGCACCUAACUUCAUCAACAGGACAUAUAGGGUCACAGACAUAGUACUAUAGUCAGAGUUGUUCUAACUCCUAAGAAAACAUAAACUUAAGCGGGGGCGUUUCUCCACUUCUGUAGUCUAUAAGCUGGGCCAAUAAACUUCUACUGUAGUAAAAUGAAAAGGUAAAGGUGUUUUUAUUGAGCCGAAUUAUCAAUAAAAUCAUGAUUUUGUUAACAGGUCUGGAUUUAUGUGCUGUAGAGUUAAUAUAUUUGAACAAGAGCACAGUAAAGUUAAAUCAGCUAAUUUUCCAAUGAGGUUCUGUUACUGAACGGAGCUACACCAUGAUCUACUGAGGUUAGUACAUAUAGGGUCACAGCCAUAGUACUAGACACCAAACAUCUUUUUAACUUUGACUCAUUUCUUUAACAAAGAGACUAAACACAACUCACCUACUCUCUUCCAGCAGCCGCUUGUUUGUAGUGAGACCUCAGGCCAGUCCAUUAUGGACUACAGCGGGGUGCCGCAGUUCAAAGAAGAACAUUUAUGAUCAUUUCUUUAUCAUUUCCUUGAAGUAAUAAUCACCAUAUUAAUCAUUUUACAGACGCAGUAGUUCUUCUGCCUCAGCGUCUCGGUCUGAUCGUAUUUCCAUGAAGAAAUGAUCGUAAAUGCUCUUCCUUGAAUAUCCCUUUAAAGUAACCACAGAGGAAAUGUUCUGUUUAGCAGGAGGCAACUGGACUUGGUUCUUUAGAACGAUGAAUGAGAACCUACACAGACGUCCUGUUUGUGUUCUUGUUGUAGCAGGAAACUCAGGAGACCACGGAGGAGGAGGAGGAGGAGGAGGAGGAGGAGGUCCUCGACUCCCCGACCGUCAAAUGUACGACGAGAUUUACUUCGACUCGGACUCAGAAGAAGAAGAAAACACUCCAAGUAAGCACCGUCAGGCUGCAGGUGAAGUCCUAUAAGGCGACCUGCUCGGUUUGGUGACCUCUCUGUUCUCUCCUCAGGCAGCUCCACGGGUCGGCGGCGGAAACAGCGGACCGUUCUGACCAAUGAUGAGCUGCUGUACGACCCAGAUGAGGACGACCGGGACCAGGCGUGGGUGGACGCGAGGAGAAGAGGGUGAGACACGAAAAUGAUGAGAUGAACUCAGAGUCCAAAGAGGCAGACGGAGAGGUUUAACUUUUGUUUCGUCUUCUGCAGGUACAACAGGAAGCGAACACCUGCCGGGUCUCGGUUGCAGCCUCAGGGUUUACCGUCCAGCGACGCCGUCCUCAACUGUCCCGCCUGCAUGACGACGCUGUGCCUGGACUGUCAGAGGUGAGGCGGCGCAGGUUCAGACACUGAGACUCUUGUCUUCCGUGAACAGUUGAUGUAAAUACUGAGGUGUCGGUUUUGUCCCUUCAGGCACGAGAGUUACCGAACUCAGUACCGCGCCAUGUUUGUCAUGAACUGCACCGUGAAGAAAGACGAAGUGUUACGCUACAAAACCCAGCCGGACAGGAAGCAGAGGAACAGGAAGAGGAGGCGGGGUCAGAAAACAGAAACGCCACGAGACGAGGGAGCAGACGAAACGCCGACGCCGGCUCCGGCGGGGAUGGACUCUGAUGAGGUUUAUCACCCGGUUCAGUGCUCCGAGUGCUCGACUGAGGUGGCCGUGUUCGAUAAAGACGAGGUAUUUCACUUCUUCAACAUCCUGGCGAGUCACUGCUGA